GCUACGUCACACCGUGUUGCCGCCGCUGGACGCUUGACUAACAGCAUCUGAGGAGUGAGGGCAUCGCAGUCGGUAGUUCGCCCCGCGGACCAGUGACAACGAGCCCAGAGCCGUCCGUGUACACCGUGAGGUACAGUAUCCUCAGAUGCCCGGGGCCAGUCCAUGGGUGUGAGCCGACUGGAUGUAUUUUACAGAAGGCUGCUCCUCACCAAACUCUUCAUUGGGGGAUGGGGGAAGCCUGAAGACCUCAAGAGAAUCUUUGAGUUCCGUAAGCUCAUUGGAGACAGAGAGAAGUGCAAGUCUCUGGUGCCUAAGGACUAUCCAGUUUACCUGAACAAGACAGAGGAUCACUCUGAUUGUCUCAUCUAUGAUGGGUUCUUCAUCUCUCCCCUGGAGCACUGGGUUCCUGGGAUCCUGCCACCAGAAGCUGUCAAGGCCAGGUUCCAGUUCAUAGUCCCUAAGCGGUGGCAGAAGAACAGACCAGUAUGCAUCCACCUGGCUGGGACCGGGGACCAUUACUUCUGGCGCCGGCGGACCCUGAUGGCCAGACCCAUGAUCAAAGAGGCAGGAAUGGCCUCACUGCUCUUGGAAAACCCUUAUUAUGGCCACCGUAAACCUAAAGACCAACUGCGCUCCAGUCUGAAGAAUGUGUCCGACCUGUUUGUCAUGGGGGGGGCUCUGAUCUUGGAGUCGACGGUGCUUCUCCAUUGGCUGGAUAGAGGAGGAUAUUGGCCACUGGGGAUGACUGGCAUCUCUAUGGGAGGAUAUAUGGCGUCCCUGGCAGUGACCAACUGGCCGAAGCCCAUCCCUCUGAUUCCCUGUCUGUCCUGGUCCACUGCCUCCAGUGUCUUCACCACGGGCGUGCUGAGUAAAGCGGUGAACUGGUCUGAGCUGGAGAAGCAGUAUGCCAUUAACUCUGUGUAUGAAGAGGAGAUCAUUCACCUGUUGGAGUAUUGUGGGGCUGAUUCCUUCAAGAUGGGCCCGGAACAUGGGAAGAAUCUGGACUCUUUAGAGCAACUGCUGGUUCUGUCUGGAGUGGGCAAGUACGCCAACGCUGGAGGAGAAGCUGGGCUUGGACAGGGCCUGUUGAUUGGUGGACUCUCUGAAGGGGGCGGGGCUAGAGACAGAGUCGACCAUUUAUCAUCCUCAUCGUCAUUAAACAGCAGCAGGACAAACUUGGACUCUGGACCAAGUGUUCAUGCAAAAGGCGCAGUACACCGGGAGAAGACGGAUUCGACCAAAUGCAUCCGGCCAUCUUUGCAUCGAGAGUCGAUAAGCUUCAUGAAGGGAGUAAUGGAUGAAUGUACACACAUGGCCAACUUCUCUGUCCCUGUGGACACCAGUCUCAUCAUCGUGAUCCAGGCCAAAGAGGAUGCCUACAUCCCUCGUACAGGGGUCCUGAGUCUACAGGAGAUCUGGCCAGGAUGUGAAGUCCGAUAUCUGAACGGAGGACACAUCAGUGCAUACCUGUUCAAACAGAACGUCUUCAGACAGGCCAUAUAUGAUGCGUUCAACAGAUUCUGCCUGAAGUAUCCCAAACUGCACUAAAGUUCUCCCCUCGGUAACUGCCCCACGACGAGCAUCGCCAUGGACAAGACGUGGCAGUGAGGACGUCAUGAUGUGCCUGAGCUUCAGUUGAGCUUCACCUUCACUUUAGAAUUCUUUGUUUCCUGCUAACAGAGGUAGUGGUUUGUGCCUUGGAACCCUUACAUCCUCCACGAGGGACUGAAAUUGUAGCUGCAUAAAAAGUGUUGAGGAAAGUUCCUUCCAGAAUGUGGUUGUCAUAGGGACACUCACUUUUCUAGGCUCCACCUCUACCACUUGACCGGCUCUGUGGUCUCACCAGCAGACUGCACAUCACAGUCCCUGUGAUCUCACAAACAUCAACUCACUGUGGGGCAACAUUGACUAAUAUAGUUAAUUUUAAAUUACCAGAUAAUACAAAGUGUCCAUACAAAUAUAAAGUAGAUUUUUAUUCGGAAGUUAGUGCUCGGUGUAAAUCUUUAAUGACACAUUACCAUGUUAAUAAAUCAGAUUGAUGGACAUGGA